GGGUCAUUUCGCGCGUCGGGGAAGAGCGAAAUGACACGCCACGUAUAGCAUGGGCGGUCGCGCGUGCCACCCUUGGCGAGGCAGUUUCCCGCGAAGUGGGACGCUGCGUCGCGGGCGGUUCACCGCGAUCAGAUCACUUCAAAUCUGUGCACCCGAAGCCGCACGACCAUCUCUACAUCUGCGCGCACCUGUGCUGAAGCCCGCCGCGCGCGCUGUUCACGCCAGGCCGUGGGAGUCGCCGUCCUUCUGCCGUGCACGCGGACGUCGCCCGUCAAUCUUCUCACCGCGGAGCGCCGUCGUCGAUGAUCUUCUCUCUCCUGUCAUCUCCAACCUAUUCCCUGUCGAGCGCUCUCGCCGCCGUCAUCGUCCUUCUGUCUGCCACGCGCAAGUCGACCUCUUCUUCCUUCGGUUGGCAGAUCUUCUGCGUCGUGCGACUUUCCUUCUUCGUCAUGGCAGUCCGCCGCGGGAGUCAUUAUCGUCGUCAGAUCUGCCAACUGGCAGGCAUUUAACGGCGGGCGAGUGGAUACGUGGCGGUCUUCACAUCGGGUCGCUUGGCUCGCCUACACAGGUCGCGAGGGAACAUGUCUGCACGAGGGGCGGCCGUGGGAAGAAGCGCGAAGGACUGCAUGACGACAGCCAAGUAGCUGGAAAAGGUCGGAGGCAUGUCCCGAAGGCGAAGAGGCUGCGGUCGGACGAUGCGUCGACAAGGGUCCCUCUUGGAGGAGCGCAAGGUUGGGCGGCAGAAGCGGGGGGCGACGACGACGACGACUUCAUGAGUGACGAAGAUCAGGGACAGGCGACUGCGUCUGGAGUUCGGAAGAGUGGAUGGCAACGACAAUCUGAUCACAACGCUUCGAAAAGGCUGAUGACCCCUCCACCUGAGAUGAAGCAAGUGCGCGCUCGCGACAGGCGGACUGACGACGCUCACGUCGACGAUGUUGGUGACGACGAUGACGAGCCCUUGGAAAGACGCCUCCUGCGCAGUCACACAGCAGCCACCCCGCCGCCGGUGGCUUUGGGCCACGCUAUCGCUGGAGAAAAGGCUGUGACGGGUAGGCUUUCCGCCACCACGGCUGCGCCACGUCCUCGCAACACGGCUGCUGAAGGAGGGUCCGUCCAACGAGGCGGCGGUGGGGUAGUCGCGGCGCACGCGGGCGCAGUUGGGGUUGAGGCGGCAGGUGCGGCGGGUGCGGUUGCGGGUGUUUCAGGCAGUGCGCCCCCAGUUCCGGCGGCGAGAAAGGAGGGAGCAGUUGUGGCGAUGGCGAGGGACGACGUGCGUGGAGAGAAGAGGAAUGAUCAGGAGGGCGGCGAAGCUGGUUCGAGCAGGCCGCGCAGGGGAGUGUUGACAAAUGACCUCAUAGACCGUGUCGUCCUUUGGGUCGACGACAAACCUUUCUGGACGACGGGGGAGGGGCGAAGACUCUACAACAUCGUACACGAGACAAGAGCCGCCUGCGAUCCCUCGGAGCGUUGUGAUGCCCAAAUCCAGCAUGCGGAUAGCCAGGAUCGCCGACCCGUCGCAGCUGCAACAAGCGACCUCCCGUGCCUCGACAGUGGAGAACAUCGCUCUCCCCGUAUUGCACGACUGGGUUUUCAAGUCUGGGAACCGCCCGAGGGGUUACAAUCUUGCAUUCCAGUACGCCCUGGAGUCCGUGGCGACGGACAUAGCGUGAGCUAUGUGGUAGCGAGGAGUGGUGCAACGUCGUUAGCCCGACCGUUUGCGCACACACAAUAUAUCUCUCCAUGGACUUGCCACUGUGGUUCGCGGGCGUGAAAGUCGAGAACAAACCGGACGACAAUGA